UGUUGUAGCUAGAUGACGAUCAUGGCGGAUGAGCAGGAUUUGGCUCAGUUAGAAGUUCUUUGUAAGCAAUUUUACGAUUCAAACAAUCCUGAAGAACGAGCUACUGCUGAGAAAGCUCUAGUCAAUUUUGUUCAUGUGCCAGAUUGUUUACCUACAUGUCGCCUCCUACUUGAAAGAGGAGAUUCUUCCUAUGCUCAACUGUUAGCUGCAACUACGCUAACAAAAUUGGUCUCUAGAAAUCCUCAAACUCUUACAUUGCAACAAAGAAUAGAAAUAAAAAAUUAUGUACUCUCAUAUCUCGCUAAUUGUCCUAAACUAGCUACAUUUGUUACCCAAGCAUUAGUUCAACUGUUUGCCAGACUUACUAAAGUUGGAUGGUUUGAAACCUACAAAAAAGAGCACGUAUUUCGAAAUAUAAUUACCCAGCUGACUGGGUUUUUGCAGGGUCCUGUUGAGUAUUGUGUGAUAGGUGUUCAAUUACUGUCUCAAGUUACUUGUGAAAUCAACCAAAUCAGCGAAGCUGAAGCCAACAAAUCAUUAACUAAACAACGCAAAACAGCAACCUCUUUCCGCGAUACAGAACUGUAUGAAAUAUUCCAAUUAGCUUGUGAUAUGCUAAGAAGAGCAUUAGAGAAUUGGAAAACACCAUCCUUUAAAGAUGAAGCAGAGCAUAAUCUAAUGAACAGUUUGCUUCGACUGGCUUACAAUUGUAUAUCCUUUGACUUCAUUGGAACAUCGCCAGAUGAAUCGUCGGAUGAUUUAUUUACUGUACAAAUACCUACAAGUUGGAGACCUGCAUUUUUAGAUUUCAAUUCACUUCAACUUUUUUUUGAUUUAUAUCACAGUUUACCUCCAGGACUUUCCUCAAUGGCUCUACUUUGCAUAGUUCAAGUAGCAUCUGUUAGGAGAACACUUUUCAACAAUGAAGAACGUGGAAAAUAUUUAUCCCAACUUGUAAAUGGCAUAAAGUCAAUUCUUGAAAAUCCCCAGAAACUAUCAGAUACCAAUAAUUAUCACGAAUUUUGUCGUUUGCUUGCAAGAUUGAAGACAAAUUAUCAGUUAGGUGAAUUGGUUAGAGUUGAUAGCUAUCCAGAUACUAUUCGACUCAUUGCAAAAUUUACUGUGACGAGUCUCCAGAUGUGGCAAUUUGCACCCAAUAGUAUUCACUAUCUCCUAAGUUUAUGGCAGCGAAUGGUGGCAUCAGUACCAUAUGUAAAAGCAUCUGAACCUCAUCUAUUAGAAACUUAUACUCCUGAAGUCACUCAAGCAUUUGUAACAUCUAGAUUAGAAUCUGUAGCAGUUGUACUCAGGGAUUGCUUAGAAGACCCAUUAGAAGAUUUAGGAAUGGUUCAGCAACAAUUAGAUCAGAUGUCAAUAAUUGGUAGAUGUGAGUAUGAAAAGACAUGUGCUCUAUUAGUGCAGUUAUUUGACCAGAGUGCACAGCGAUACCAGGAGCUAAUUAACAUUGUUCCUCCAUCUCAAGUUGAUAUUGCUAUUCAAGAAGGGCAGCUAACAUGGCUUGUUUAUAUAAUUGCUGCUGCUAUUGGAGGUAGAGUGUCCUUUAAUACUGCAGAUGAAUAUGAUGCAAUGGAUGGUGAACUCAUUUGCAGGGUGCUUCAGUUAAUGAAUUUGACAGAUAAUCGCAUAUCACAAGGUGGCUGUGAAAAAUUGGAAUUGGCUAUGAUAUAUUUUUUUCAGCAAUUCAGAAAGAUCUAUGUUGGUGAUCAAAUUCAGAGAACUUCUAAAGUUUACAAGCGUUUGUCUGAAGUUUUGGGCGUAUCUGAUGAAGCAAUGGUUUUGAGUGUGUUUGUGAGAAAAAUACUUACUAAUUUAAAAUACUGGAGUAGAAGUGAACAAAUCAUAAACAGGACAUUGCAGCUGUUGAGUGAUUUAUCUGUAGGAUAUACAAGUGUCAGAAAAUUAGUUAAACUUGAUGAAGUUCAGUUUAUGCUUAAUAAUCACACUAGUGAGCAUUUUCCUUUUUUGGGGAGUGCUAUGCAGGUAUCUGACAUGAGAUGCCGAUCUGUGUUUUAUACUGCUCUGGGAAGAUUAUUGCUCAUUAAUCUUGGAGAAGAUGAAGAAAAAUUUGAACAAUUUAUGCUACCUUUGACAGCUACUUUUGAAGCAGUCGGAAAUGCUCUGUCAAAUGCAGAUUCUGGGGUUUUUAAUGAAAAUGAAACAAAAAAACAAUUAAUAGGUCUUGCAAGAGAUUUGCGAGGAUUGGCUUUUGCUUUCAACACAAAAAUUAGCUACAUGAUGCUGUUUGAAUGGAUCUAUCCAGCUUAUACACCUAUACUUCACCGAGCGAUAGAACUAUGGUAUCAUGAUCCUACUGUGACUACUCCAGUAUUAAAGCUUUUUGCAGAAUUGGUGGUUAAUAGAUCUCAAAGAUUGCAAUUUGAUGUAUCUUCACCAAAUGGUGUCCUGCUUUUUCGAGAAGCGAGUAAAGUAAUAGUUAGUUAUGGUACACGGUUACUGACAAUGAACAGUAUACCGAAGGAUCAGAUGUACAAGAUGAAAUUAAAAGGGAUUUCCAUUUGCUUCUCAAUGCUGAAAUCUGCCCUUUGUGGCGGAUAUGUAAAUUUUGGCGUCUUUCGAUGGUAUGGUGAUGUUGCAUUAGAUGAUGCUCUAAAUACUUUUGUAAAGAUGUUACUGUCAGUUCCCCAGUCUGAUAUGUUGCAUUAUCCAAAGUUAAGCCAAACUUAUUAUGUAUUACUGGAAUGUCUUGCACAAGAUCAUAUGAAUUUUUUAAGCAGUUUAGAACCACACCUUUUUUUGUAUAUUUUAUCAUCCAUUUCUGAAGGCCUAUCAUCUUCAGAUACAAUGGUAUGUGCAGGCUGUUGUGCUGCAUUGGAUCACUUAGUUACUUACAUAUUCAAAAAAGUUUCAAAAGCGGGUAGGAAAAGAAGGACUAGUGGCACAGAACAGCCCGAAGAAGAAACGUGUCUUCGUGUUUUGAAACAGCAUCCUGAAAUACUUCAACAGAUGCUGAGUACGAAUUUAAAUAUUGUGAUAUUUGAAGAAUGUAGGAAUCAAUGGUCUAUGUCAAGACCAUUGCUGGGCUUAAUUUUAUUAAAUGAAGAGUAUUUCAAUCAACUUAGACAAAGUAUAAUUAAUAAUCAACUUCCUGAGAAACAAGUUAUAAUGGCACAAUGGUUUGAUAGUUUAAUGGAUGGAAUUGAAAGAAAUUUACAAACAAAAAAUAGAGAAAGGUUCACUCAAAAUUUGUCAGUUUUUCGUAGAGAUGUGAAUGAUUCGCUUAAAGGUCCAAACAUUUUGAAUUCCUCCAUUUAUGAUGUAAAUUGAACUUUAUUUAUAAUCCCAUCAUAAGAAUAUUUAAAUAUGUAUAUGGUUCAUUCACUAGUUUUGUGAAUUCACAUUGUUUGCCAUGCCAAAAUAUUUCUGGUUUUGAUAAAUGAUAGCAAGUUAUGUACUUCUUUAAACAUUUGGCGCAAUUUAAUUGUUAAUCCGGAUCUGUUUUAUCGCUAAUGCAUCUGUUUUAAUAAGUAAGGUUUUAAAAUUAUUUUUCAUUGCAAAGAAGCAGAAUUAUUAAAAUGAUUUCAACUUUUAAGAAAGUUUUGUUUAUAUGCGUUUUUUGAUGCAGAUAAAUCAGGAUUGUGAAUUAUGUGUGUGAGCCAUACAUAUUUUAUUGCUAAAUAUGCGUUAAAAUCUUACCAAUUUCAUUCAUCAAGGCAUUGUGAAUACCAUCAAUCACUGUCACAUAUGAAUUCAAUCACAUUAACUUCUAUUAUGCAAAUGAAACUGUAUCAUUAUUCCAAGAUUUGGAUCGUUCCAAGAGUUUCAUAAUAGUUGCAUCUCUAUUUCUAUGCAAAGAAAAAUAUAAUAUAUUUUUAUACUUAUUGCUCAACAUUGUGAAUGAAAGAAAUGAAAAGUGUGACGUGCAAAAAUUAAAAAAAACAAUCUGUUGUUACUUCUGUGUUACUGUUUAUGAAUCCUUUCUUAUUUUUAGUCUUGUAUAUAUUGUGAGCUUAAAUGAAUUUUUGUUAAUCUUUAACAAAUUGCACGGCAGUUCUUUACCAAGUUACUGUAAUUAUGAAGUGAAUAUUUGUUAGUAAUCUUUCCCAAAGUGUAAAUUUUCAUGCCUAUAGUGUGUAUUUUGAAGUCCUACUUUUUAUUAUUGUUGUUUAGGUAUAAAAUAAAAUAAGCAAUAAUUUUUGAAUGACUAAAUACUAGCCAUUUAUUAUAUACUAAUUAGUGAUAUGAAAUUCAAUCACAGUCUUGUUUAAUGAAGUUGUCUACGUCUUUUAGUGUCUUUAAAUAUUUGCAUGUGAAUGUCUUGUUUGUAACAGUUAAAUCAUGACAAUUUAUUUUCUUAAUGAGUUAAUUAAGUUUGAAUAAGAAAAGAUUUUCAGAUGAUUUAUUUUAACUUUAUUAGAAAAGAAUUUCUAAAACGAUAUUCAGGCAUGACACAUUUCAUACAUGGAAACUCGGAUUUUGGAAUCUGUUUUUAUCAUUCUUCAGAUCGUUGCUAUUCAUGUAAUAGUUCUGCAAUAUCUUUAAUAUCUGAAGCACUUUUUGCAUAAAUUUAUCCAUUUUAUUGUGCAGUUAAUCAUGCUUAUUUUAUUUUGUGUUUCAAAUUGUACAAUUCAUUAUUUUUUGAAGUUCAGUUUUUUAUUGUUUCCAUCGUGUGUCAUGCCUGGAUGCAAUUACUUUUCCCCAAUGAUUUAUCGGUUCCUGUUUUGUGUGUAUUAAAAUUAUUUUGCCUUCUAUAUGACCCGUCAGUAGAUUUAAUUUUGUAAACACUUUUUUAGAAAAUUGAAUAUACUUUUUGAAAAGAUAGGCUGUUUUUAAACACCUUUUAUUUAUGGAUUUUUAAACUUCUUUUUUAGGAGUAUUUUAUAAUAAGUGUCGUUUUUGAAAUUCUUUUUUUUUUUUUUUUAA